AUGGGCAGCUAUCUGGGCACGCCGGGGUCCUCGGCAUCCCCAGCCCCGGGGCCCGCAGACGGGCGGGAGAGGCCCGCACCCCGCCGGCCCCUGUGCCAGGUGCACCGGGUGCAGCGCGUCCGCCGUGCCCAGCCCGCCCGAAGGCACCGGCCAGCCCCGAGGCCGCCCAGCUGGGACCCCGCCAACCCCACCGCCCUAGUCAGCGAGGCCUGGAGGCGCUUUCCCAUGCCCAGGCCGCAGAACGCCAUCAUGGGGUCUCUUCCUUCCGACUGGUGGGAAAGUUACCUCAAACGGAACAUCUGGUCCCUUCGGCACCCCAGGGCUACGUGGAGCCCUGUGACCGUCAAGAUCUCGCCUCCCGAGCAGAAGGCGUGCCCGGGGCUCUUCACAGACAGGGCGGUGAACCCUGCGGGGCCGUUGGAGGACCCACCCGGGCAGUGUGCAAAGGACCCAGUGCUGAUGGCCCUCCAGGAGCACAGGAGGGUGACAGCGAGGUGGGAAGAGCCUCUGUUCCGCCACAGCUCCAACAGGAGGAGGAGCCCGGCAAGCCCGCCUUCCUCCUUCAAGCCCCCGGUGAAAGGUGGGGCCACCGUCGCUUUUGUGGCCAGGCCUGGGCCUCUGAAAAGGACCCUCCACUCCAGGACCUCAGACCCGAAGUCAAAGAGGUCUCAUUGCUCGGUCCUGGCCAGCAUUUGCUCGCGAGGCCCCUUCAGCACCCAAAGGAACGCAAUCAGCAGCACUUACAGCUCUUCCGGAGAUGUCACACAGUCUUGGAAGUUUUCCAAGGCUUCGGUCCAGAUGCCCGAGUGGCCCUUGAAAAAGGCAGGGAAAAGUCCUCAUUCUCACCCCUUGGACGCACCCAGCAACUCUGGGCACCCAAGCCAGCAGAUUCCACCCCUGCAGUCUGGUCCUGAGGACCUGUUGACCGGACCUGGCCAACGAGAUUGUACUGUCACUGAGGAGGACCUGACCUCACAGACACAAGCCAGGCAGAGUAACCAAACUAAGGAGGAUCCACCUGGGACCAGCACGGGUCCCAAACCUGAGACCGGAACUGCGUUUCAGUUUCUCUCCUCUCUCAAUCCCAUUUCUUCUGGGACAGCAUCCAGUACUGUCAUGAAUCCUCAGCUGGAAAAGUUAAGGAACAAGUGGGCCUCACCUGGGUGCUGGAAGUCAGACCCGGUUCAGGGCAUCUCUUCAGACUCAAAGCCCACAGCAGCUUUCAUCCAGCUGUCUCCAAGCUCUCCCAUACUACCAGACACUGGUCCAGCCUGGCCACCUUCAAUCCCUCAGCCUCACAGGUCUGCCAUGCCCCCACCCUUGUCUGUGGUCAUCCCCACAGCACCCAUCACAGAAAACACUCUGCUUGGGGUGAUGAGUGGCCCAAGUCUCCAUCUUCCUGUAUCUGUACCUCCGGCCCAGACUUCUGCUCAUCCAGUGUUCAAAUCUAUUUGGGGACCCCUGCACACUAGCGAGGUUGGGGGCUCCUUAUAUUCCAGAAUUUCUGUCACAGUUGCAACUUCAAGUUCUCCCAUCCCUAAAACUCCAAGUGUCUUAACGCCCACCUCCAAGCCUAUUUUUGGCAGUGUAAAACCACUCAAUACCAUGCUGGUGGCAGCGCCUGUGUCCUCCAGGCAGCCCUCUCCUGCACCCACGUCUGCUUCUUCCCAACAUGCCCAUGGCCUGGCCACAGCACCCUAUGUGGACACAUCUGCCAGCCUAGCCAGCAUAUCCAAAGACCCUGCUUCAGACUUGAGUGUGGUGAAGAUGGCCAGCACCAUAGGUAACACCCACUCUGUUCCCCCUUCUUGCCACACCUUUCUGCUUGGGACUACCCAGGGCUUCUCCCCAGUCACCAACUUCACUUCCCCAUGCCAGCAUCCUACAAGUCCAACUAUGCACACAGUCACUCUCUUUAGCCAGGUUCUUACUAAUGCAAUCCAGAUAUCCCCACUCAGAAGCACUGCUAAACUGAAGGGUAUGGGCAGCCCUCUGUCAAGCUCAGGCUUGGCACCCACAAACCAGCCUAUAUUGACACCUAGCAUCUCCAACAUGACCUUGGCACUCACAACCUCUUUGGGGUCAAGCUCAAAGUCCCCUUUCCCAGUAUUUUUAGGAAGUAUUUCCCAGCCUGCACUUGGGGCUACAGAUGGGCAGAAGCAAUGGUCUCUCCAACCAGCUCUUGCUCCAAGGAUCAGAAAGUCUUUCCUUUCAGAGAACUCAGUCUCAUCCCCAACCCAGAUGGCAGCUCCUGCUCAGCUAGUCCUCAGCAAGACCACACAGUCAGCCCCUGGAGGGUUGAUAUCCUCAGCCUCUACCAUCCACUCCCCUGCCAGCAACCAGUCAAGCUUUGUCAGGACUCCAACUGGCUUUCCAUUGAGUGAUGCUAGUUCAACCAGCCUCGGAGCCAUCAGGAAGCCCAUCCAGUGUGGUGCUUGUGGCUCAGUAUUUGGUAGCACAGCCCCACGACCUUUUGCUUUUGGGGGUUUAGUGACUCCUAUGGACUGUGGGGAGCCUGGGGUCAUUUUGGCUGCCCCACAAGUGAGCACCUCUAGAAGAGGGCAGAGCGGGACCCCCAGCACCCUGGCCCCCUUUGCACAAAGUUGGAGCCAGAGCACACCUUUGGCCAACAUUACUGCAAGAAAGACCAUGUCUGGCCCCCCUUCCACGGUCCCUUUUGCUCAGAACACCCCCAUUCCUGGAGCAGCCAAGGCAGGUGGCAGUCUCAUCAUUGGGACGCCCUCUCCAACUGCUCCCAGCUCUGCAGGGGAAGACCCUUUCAGAUCAUGGGCCCCUUCAUUCUGCAUCGGAGCAAAAUCAAAAUCCCCCAGAAGUCGGGAGGCAAGGCGCUCUUGA